ACCGAGUUUGAUGGAUAGGCUAAGAUCGAUCUUCCAUGUUGGUGGCCGCGCAAGGAAGAAUCCGUCGCAAUCCUUUAGGCUAGGAGUGAAGAAAGGAUCAGCAGGACUCAGAACAUUUGGAAGGUCACUGAAAACUGGUGUAACUACUUGGGCAGUGUUCCCUGAAGAUCUCAAAGUUUCAGAGAAGAAAGUGUUUGAUCCUCAAGACAAGCACCUUCUCCAUUGGAACAAGUUCUUUGAGAUCCUCUGCAUUUUUUCAGUAGCUGUUGACCCUUUCUUCUUCUAUCUCCCUUACUUCAACGUCAAGUCAUUCUGCCUCGCCAUAGAUAGCACGCUGGCGAAUUUUACAGCAGCACUGAGGACUGUGUUGGAUUUUAUCUAUCUCCUGCGCAUAAGCUUUCAGUUCCGAACUGCUUAUAUCGCGCCUUCAUCUCGUGUGUUUGGAAGAGGUGAACUUGUCAUAGAUCCUGCAAAGAUUGCCAGUAGAUAUUUACAGCGAUAUUUCGUUAUCGACUUCAUGUCUGUGUUUCCUGUGCCACAGAUUAUAGUGUGGAAAUAUCUAUACAAAACAAGACAUUCAGAGGUAUUGAGUACAAAAACAGCACUGUUGAGAACUGUGAUCCUGCAAUAUUUUCCAAGAUUUCUAAGGUUUCUUCCAUUAGCAUCGGAAGUUAAAAAGACAGCUGGUGUUUUUGCAGAAAAUGCACUGCUUGGAGCCAUUUACUAUUUGAUUUGGUUUAUGCUAGCUAGUCAUAUAACUGGCUCCGUUUGGUACUUACUUGCCAUAGAACGCAAUGACACAUGUUGGAACAAUGUUUGUCUUGAAGAUAAUAGAUGUAACAGUCAUUUCUUGUACUGUGGAAGUACCAAUAAGCACAUCCCAGGGUUUGAUGCUUGGAAAAAUGUCAGUGAGGAAGUUCUUGUAAAGAAGUGCUUUGUUGAUGGUGAGUUCAAUUAUGGAAUCUUUGCUCAAGCAAUCAAGAGUGGUAUUGUUGCUUCUGUUGAAGUCUUUCCUAAGUUCUGUUACUGUUUAUGGUGGGGCCUUCAAAAUCUGAGUACAAUUGGCCAAGGGCUUUCAACCAGCACCUACAGUAAAGAGGUGUGGUUUUCCAUAGCAAUAGCUGUUAUGGGUCUCAUCCUUUUCGCACUUCUGAUUGGAAACAUGCAGACAUACCUUGACUCAAUGUCGGUUCAUCUUGACGAAAUGAGCUAUGAUCAAUACAAGUGGCUGAAUACCCGAGGCGUGGACGAAGAGAGCUUGAUGAAGAGCCUUCCAAAAGAUUUAAGGAGAGACAUCAAACGGCAUCUUUGUUUGAAUCUGGUUAAAAGGGUUCCUCUCUUUGCUAACAUGGAGGAACGCCUGCUCGAUGCUAUAUGCGAGCGACUGAAACCUACUCUGUAUACAGAGGGCACUGACAUAGUUAGGGAAGGAGACCCUGUCAACGAGAUGCUCUUCAUCAUCCGUGGACGCCUAGAGAGUGUCACCACAGAUGGUGGAAGGAGUGGAUUCUUUAACAGAGGGCUUCUCAAAGAAGGAGACUUCUGUGGUGAGGAGCUACUAACAUGGGCACUAGAUCCAAAAGCUGCAGCAAACUUGCCAUCAUCUACUAGGACAGUGAAGGCCAUAAAUGAGGUCGAGGCAUUCGCAUUGGAAGCUGAGGAGCUUAAGUUUGUCGCUUCGCAGUUUAGAUACAUUCAUAGUAGGCAGGUUCAGCAUACCUUCAGAUUCUACUCACAGCAAUGGAGGACAUGGGCCGCUAUCUACAUUCAAGCCGCGUGGAGGAGGUAUAUGAGGAGGAAACACACCAUGCAAAGAAGGCAGGAGGAAGAGUAUUAUUAUGAUUCUGAUGACAGUGGUGGUGAUUCUGCAAAGGCCUUGGUUAAACGUUCCUCAAGUUCAUCUAGCUUUGCCACAACCAUGUAUGCUUCACGCUUUGCCGCGAAUGUACUUCACGGUCAUAGGCUUCGUGAAGCAGGUAGUUCCACUAGUCUAGGAAGAAUUCAAAAACCGUCUGAACCUGACUUCAGUCAUUAUGGUCCAAAGUGACCUCUAUCUUUUUCUUUUCUGUUUGUAGAAAAUGGGGACCAAUUGCAGUCUCUCAGUGCAAGACUUCUUGCAUUUGUAAAGUGCUGUAAACAUGUUAGUUUAACAAAGUCUGGCAUGUGAAAUUUUGGCAAAAAAUCUGCACCAAUAUAUGAUUAGGCUUCCUAGUAUAUCAGAGGAGAAACCUUACAACCAAUAUGGCAAUAUCAAACUCUUGUCAUAAUUAUAAACAAAAGAUAAAAACUUUAAAUGGUAAUAGUCACAAGAAAUGAAGACUAUAGUGUUGCUUGUGCAGAUUGAAUAAAUACAAGUACAUUUCUAAUCGUCAUCUAUUUGUUAUGCAUGUUAGCAAAUCAAACUAUGGGAUUACACAGACAAUAAAUGCAACAAGAUUCCAUGAAGUUAAAUCCUCUCAUGUUUGAAGCAAACAUAUCUGGUUAGAGCAAAUUUUUUUAUUCUAAGUAUGAGAGGAUCCAAAUCAAUUCCGCAAGAUAGAGAGAUUAAUGGUCUUUUCAGGGAUAUGAUGGGUUUCUUUAACCUUUUAUCAAUCUAAUUGCUGGUAUACUUUGGUGGAUUCCCACAAUUUGAUUUGUUACAAUUGGGUUUGGAAAUUCCAUCUGAUAUUUGUUUGCAACAAUUCAACUAUAAAUGCCACAAAUGGGUCACAUUGGUUUCAAACUGAACAGAAAAUUGGGAAUAUUACAUAAAACUUACAUUAAAAUUAAAAAAAAAAAAAAAAAA